GGGUCUCCUCAGCAGUACGCUAAACGCGGUCCGUAUCAUCAUGCUGUGGCUUCUGUUAGUAGUCGGAAUAGGAUUCACCACGGCCGAAAGUUCCCGAGGGUCGUAUCUCAUAACGUCCUCCAAGUAUCUGCAACGUGGGAUGCCAUUUAACGUCAGCAUCGACAUCCUCAACACCACCAACACCGUCCAUGUACAAGUAGAGCUGCAACGCAUAUGGCACAACUACACCAACUCUUUCAGGAUCCCUGUUAUGAUGGCCAAAGGCGACUUUACUAAAGGAACGACUGGGACGAUAUCACUGAAUGUGCCAAGGGACAUCACUGAUGGAAGUUACCGUCUCCAUGUCCGAGGUAGCGGAGCUCUGCAGUUUGAACGAGAAACGUCCCUCUUCCUCCGUUCCAAGUAUAUUUCUGUCAUGGUACAGACCGACAAGGCCUUGUACAAGCCAGGACAGAUGGUUCAUUUCCGAGCGUUUGGUGUGUACCCAAGUUUGCAAGUGUACACAGGGAGUUUCGACAUAUCCCUUGUUGAUCCAAACAACAAUAUCCUGAAGGAGUGGGCGGCUCUCCAUGAAUCUUCUGGAGUUGUGGCUGGGGAGUUCCAGUUGGCAGAUAAGACUGUUCUGGGAGACUGGGCUCUACGAGUUUCACCAGCAGACCAAGUAAGUGUAACGUCUAAAAAUUUUACAGUUGCGGAAUACCAACUGCCCCGCUUUGAAGUCAAAGUUGAUCUUCCUUCGUUCUCCCUGACCUCCGAUACAAAGAUGUCUGGAACAGUGAAAGCAAAAUACACCUUUGGACAACCAGUGAAGGGUAUGGUGGAGUUACAUACAUACAUGAAUGUCGCUACCGACUACUGUGGAAGACCUCCCAAAUAUGUCGAACUGGCAUUUCCCAUUGACGGGGAAGCCAAAUUUGACAUUCCUGUUGCCGAUAUCAAGCGUCUCCAGAGCAAUCUAAAUGAACAAACCGUCGUUGUUGUCGCCAUCGUGAAGGAGGAGUUGACGGGCGUGAGGCUGAACGGGUCCAGCUCUGUGAAAUACCACCAAUAUCCCUACAAGAUUGAAGUCCUCAACUCAAGUCCGAAAACUUUCUCACCCAAACUUCCAUAUACGGCAUAUAUCAAGGUGUCCCAACAAGAUGGUCGCCCUGUGACAGACCUCAGCAGUCCGGUGGGAGUGUACACCUGUGUCACAUACCGUAUUGUCCAAGAUGACCAGUCCGAGUUCUCCUACUCAUCCUUCACCGGCAACUACGGCCUCCCACCCAAAAACUACACCAUCCCAGCCUCCGGCAUCAUCCCCGUGGAUUUGCGCAUCCCUGAGAACACCACUAGAAUUAGCGUCAAGGUUCACUACAAUGAGGCAUCCGACACUUUAUCUGUCCUGCAGAAAAUGUCCUUCAGUGGCAACUUCUUGCAGCUCACACUCACCAGCAAGGGGCUCAGGGCGGGUCAGACGGCUAUGUUCAGCAUUGAGAUGACAGAAGAUGUACCUUUCAUAACAUACCAGGUGCUAUCCCGGGGUACUGUUGUCCUUAUUGACCAAGUUGCUGUUGGAGGACAAAACCCUGUUCACUUCAAUGUCCCCAUAUCUGCAGCAAUGGCCCCAGAAGCUCACAUCAUCGCUUACUACGUCAGGAAAUCUGGUGAUGUUGUUGCUGACAGUCUUAGUUCCAGUGUCGACGAAGUCUUUGACAACAAGGUGUCCAUUGACUUCAGCAAGAACGACUCCAUGCCUCAUGACAACAUUGAUGUCAUGGUUAGCGCUGAUCCAAUGUCAUCUGUCAAUGUCCUUGCUGUCGACCAAAGUGUUCUUCUUCUCAAGUCCGGCAAUGACAUUACCACAGAGCAGGUUGCUGAUGAACUAAAGACAUACAGCUCUAGACAAACUGACACAGAAUUUCAUGUACCCAGUAUGUGUAGUUCUCCACGCCCAGAUGAUGUCUUCUCGGAAGCAGGACUUAAUGUACUCUCUGAUGGUAUAUACUUCAGUGUCCACCAUUACGGAUAUUAUGGGUUCGGCACAACGUUUCCAUUACUUUGUUCAUUCAAAUACAGCCAACUGAUGUCGGCUCAAAUUUCGGGAGGACCUAUACAAAGUCAGAAGGUCAUGGAGGUGGAGAGGGUCAGACAUGAAUUCCCAGAAACAUGGCUGUGGAUCAACAAGACCGUUGGUGCUGACGGUAAAGCCACCAUCAGUACCACCGUGCCUGACACUAUCACUUCCUGGAUCGCCAGCGCCUUUGCUGUCAACUCCGCUACAGGACUUGGUGUAGCCCCGUCUACGACAAAGCUGCGUGUCUUCAGUCCCUUCUUCGUGAGCUUGUCCAUGCCUACCUCGGUGUUACGUGGAGAACAGGUCGUCAUUCAAGCCAGUAUCUUCAACUACCUGCCCAGUGAUGUUGAUGUUUUUGUGUCGUUGCCUACGUCCUCGGACUACGUCAACGUGGUGGUUGACAGAUCUGGUAAAACUACCAAGGAAUCAAAGGACCAGACACAGUAUGUCACAGUCAAAUCCAACGAGCCCCAGACUGUGUACUUCCCUAUCAUUCCAUCAUCUCUGGGAGCUAUCGACAUCGAGGUGUCAGCACGGACAACUCUAGCCGCUGAUGCUGUCAGGAGACAGCUCAAUGUCAAGGCGGAAGGGAUCCCCAAAGAAUACAACACACCUGUCUUCAUUGAGCUGACACCGGGAGGCCCUGACUUCAACCAACAUGUGGCGCUGUCACUUCCAUCAGAGGCAGUAACCGGAUCAGAGAAAGUCAGAGUCAAAGUGACAGGUGACCUGAUUGGCGCCAGUCUCGACAACCUGGAGAACCUUCUGGCUCUGCCCACAGGUUGUGGUGAACAGAACAUGAUGACCUUUGCCCCGGAUGUAUAUAUUGCGGAUUACCUUUACACAACCAAGCAAAUGACACCCGCCUUGGAGUCCAGGAUCAUGACCUACCUCGAACUUGGCUACCAGAGGGAGCUCACAUAUCAGAGACACGAUGGAUCGUUCAGUCCUUUCGGAGACCGAGAUGAGGCAGGACACAUGUGGCUGACUGCAUUUGUAGCACGAAGUUUCCAUCAAGCCAGGCCUUACAUUUUUGUGGGAAAUCAGACUUUGGCGAGGUCCCUUAACUGGAUGACAGGGAGGCAGAAUUUAGAUGGAUCCUUCAAUGAGCCUGGACUUGUAUUUGACAGACAGAUGCAGACUUCCAAAGCCUCUCUUACAUCCAUGGUGCUGCUGGCUUUCUUGGAAAAUCAAGACAUUGGUAGAUAUGGGAUGUAUGAGUAUACGCUUGGAAACGCCACAGUGAAUGCCACGAAGUACCUGGAGUCAGUGGCUUCCUCUAUCACGGAUCCCUUCACUCUUGCCAUUGUCAGCUACGCAUUGUCUGAAGCUGGCAGCUCAGUAGCGGAUGUCACGUUCAACAAACUCAACGCCGCAGCUGAGGUUAAAGGUACUCUGAAACACUGGACGGAACCAACAACCGCCUCCUCAACUUACUAUACAAACUGGACACCUCCACACACACGCGCCCAGCCCAUUGACAUUCAGAUGACAGCGUAUGGCCUUCUGGCAUCCUCGGCACGCGGUGAUCUCAAAGGAGGUCUUCCAAUAACCAACUGGCUGACCUCACAGAGGAACCCAUAUGGCGGCUUUUCUUCAACGCAGGACACAAUGGUAGCACUUCACGCCCUAACUGACUAUGCCCGACGUGCACAUGUUUCCGGUUUCCAAGUUGAGGUUGACAUCAAGAGCGGAAGUGACACCCAGCACAUAUCUGUGACUGACAGCAACGCUCUCGUUUUACAAUCAAGAGAGCUGACUAAAUUCCCCAAAGAGGUUUCCAUCACAGCUACUGGUAAAGGUGUUGCAUAUGCUGAUGUGGAUGUGUUCUUCAACGUUGAUGCUGAAAUCGGAGACCCAUCCUUUGACAUUAACACUGUGCUGCUUGAUGACACCAUCAACAACUUCAAACUGAUGACCUGCACUAAAUGGCUGAAGGAGGGAUCCAGUGGAAUGACAGUGAUGGAGAUAUCUAUCCCAUCAGGCUUUGAUCCAGAUAUGACCUCAAUGGGCAACGUUGCUGGUCUGAAGAGAUUUGAAAGACGUGGUACAAACGUGGUUGUAUACUUUGAUGAGAUCGGCACAACGUCCAUCUGCUUUGACAUCCUGUCCACCAGAACCGGCAUGGUGACGAACAACCAGCCCAGCUACGUCACAGUCUACGAUUACUACCAGCCCAGUAACCAAGGUGCCACUUUCUACGAAACCCGCAGUCUCAAGGAAGCCACAAUUUGUGAUGUGUGUGACAAGUGUUGCAACCAGAUCUGACAACUGUGAAGAGGAAAAGACAUUAACAGUCUUAUGCAAAAUGUGAAUAAAUAAUUCGAUCAACGCUC